GCCUGAGCACCGGAGUUCAGGCACGGAGAGAACAGGCAGGAUGGUGCUGAAGAUGGGUCUCACAGGCUUUGCCAUCCUAGUGCUGCUCCAGAGCUGCUCUGCAUACAAAUUGGUCUGCUACUACACCAGCUGGUCCCAGUACCGGCCAGGAGAGGGCAGCUGCCUCCCAAACGCCAUCGAACCCUCGCUCUGCACUCAUGUCAUCUAUAGCUUUGCCAACGUCUCCAAUAAUAAGAUCGACAUUUGGGAGUGGAAUGAUGAGAUGAUGUAUGAGCAUCUCAACGGGCUCAAGAAAAGGAACCCCAACCUGAAGACCCUCCUAUCUGUUGGCGGAUGGAGCUUUUCAUAUCAAAGAUUCUUCGAACUUGCCUCGAACCCAGAGAACCGCCAGACAUUUGUCCGUUCAGUGCCACCCUUCCUGCGCCUCCAUGGCUUUGAUGGGCUGGAUAUCUCCUGGGUUCGGCCACAGCGGAGAGACAAGCAGCCACUCACCACCCUGAUCAAGGAGAUGAAGGAGGAGUUUUCCAGAGAAGCUGGCUCUGAGCCAAACCAGCAGCAGCUCCUGCUGAGUGCUGCCCUGUCGGCGGGGAAGGUGGCCAUCACCAGCGGCUAUGACAUCCCCCAGAUAGCCCCACACCUGGACUUCAUUAGCCUUCUCACCUAUGACUUCCACGGGUCUUGGGAUUCGGUCACAGGCCACCACAGCCCUAUAUCCCGGGUCCAGAAGGACCCACGCUCUGACCGGUUCAGCAAUGCUGACUAUGCCCUGAGUUAUGUGCUGAGGCUGGGAGCACCCGCCCACAAGCUGCUCAUGGGGAUCCCCAUCUAUGGGAAGUCCUUCACUCUGUCCUCCUCCAACUCGGAUGUGGGUGCCCCAGUUUCUGGGUCCGGAGAGGCAGGCCCCUUCACCAAAGAGCCAGGGAUGUUGGCCUACUAUGAGAUCUGCGGCUUUCUCCGAGGGGCCACUGUCCACAGAAUUGACCAGCAGGUGCCCUAUGCCACCAAGGGCAACCAGUGGGUGGGCUACGAUGACCAAGAAAGCGUCCAGAAGAAGGUGCAGUACCUGAAAGCUAAGCAGCUGGGGGGCGCCUCCGUAUGGGCGCUGGACUUGGAUGACUUCAGGGGACAAUUCUGCGGCAAGGGGAACUUUCCCCUCAUUGGCACCAUUAAAGAUGCACUGGCUGCCUCGUAGCUCAGCCUCCGGACCAGCCACUCGGCCUCGCUGCCCUGUAAUGCUUGCAGGACUGCUAGCUUUCUCAAGUCCCCCGCUGAGUCUUAGUGCUCCUCCCAGAUUUAGUCCCAAGAAGACUCCAAGGCUGGGUGGGACCGUGGGGACAGGGAGAAGCUGGAACCAGCACGAGUUCGAGAGUCAAGACA